CAUAGUUACAACAGGAUCAAAUUCUGACUGAGCUUAGAGGUCAACAAUGGAUUGAGAACAGAAUGUUUGACUUUGGUGAACUUUGAACAGCAGAGCUGAUUUAGGGGAUACAUGUUUUGUAUUUUAAGUACAACCAGUUUAAUGUGCAGAAGAGAGGGAAAGUCUUAAGUUGGAUGCUGUCCCAUCUUAGUUUCAUAGUUUCCAAGAUGGCAUCCAAAAAGACCAAAUCCACUGAUGAAUCAGAUUGCAAUGAGGGUCCUAAAGAUUUACUUAAAAAGAAAAGACUAAGCAAUGGUGCUGCUGUAAAAGAUAAAUUAGACUCUUCCUCCAAUGAUAUAGACAGCUUCUCAGAUAUCAGUGAAAAUGGCUUGGUUAACAAUAGUCUUUCAGAAAACGAUACUGCUCAUACUGUGCAAAACAUUGAAGCAGAUGAAGAAAACUGCAAAACUGUUGAUAAGUCCAAUGAGGACAAAAACUUAAAUGGUAAAGUUUCUGUUGAAAAAAAUCUAAGAUCAGAGUACAAAAGAAAAAUGACAAGAAGUGCAAGUAAAGAAAAUAAAAAGACAAUUAAAGAUGACGAAGAUGCAAAGGAUUUAUCCAUAAAUAGUAAGGUAGAAACUCCAGGUUUAGAAAAUAAUAUAUCAGUGGAAAAAAGUGAUAAAAAGAAAGACAGUCAUAAUAAAGACUCUAAAGAUGAAGAAAUUGAUUUGGAUGGUAAACAAGUUGCCAAUGAGAAAAGCGGUACUGGUGAGAAGGAAAAUAAGGAGAAACAGGCAGGUGAAAAAAGCAGCAGUGAGAAUAAAAAGUCCAAACAAUCCGAAAAGAGUGACAAUGGAACUGAUGACAUUGAGAUUAUUGGUGAAUCCAAAGUUGUUAAAGUUAGCACCAGCAAUACCCUUUUAACUCAAAAUGUGGUAUUUGUUCCUGCUGCACUCACUAGCUCUGUUACUUCACACAACAUCAUAACACAGGGUUUCACUGCUACACACAGCAGCCUUUUAACAUCACCCAGUCUGCAAAGCUCCGUAGUUACUCAUGGUGUAAGUAGUGCAUCAGCUCCACCUGUCCAAGGUUUAAAUCCAGCUUUUUUAACAGCUAAUGUACAGGGCAACUAUGCUUUUAAUAGUGGCAUUCCAGCACCUGGCAUAUCUUUGCUGACACCAACUGUUGCUCCACCUAAACCAAAGUCUAGCUUGGAUCAAAUUGAACUAAUUAGGUGGGAAAUUCAGAAUAGAAUUAAUACCCGCCCAAAAUAUUUUAAACCCAAUUCAUCUUCUGAACUUGGGCCUUUGGCAAAAUUUUUAUUUGAUAUUGGCUCUGAUUUGAUCAAAGAGUCUGUCUACCAUGAACUUGUUAAAAUACAAUCAAAAAAAGGUGAAGAUGAAAAACUGACAGAUAAGGAAAAAGAGGAUUUAAAUAAGCUCAAAGAAAUUGAAAAAGAUCUUUAUGCUACAAUAGGCCACCUGAAGCUAAAGCUUAAGAAACACUGUAAAGGUUGUAACUAUCAAACAGAAUCUGAAAAUGUCAUGUACUUGCACAAACAGUAUCCCCAUGAAGAUGGCAAAAAUCUUCGUUGUGCACAUUGCUCAUUUUCCACACGGCAAGCAAUGACAUUUAAGUUUCACAUUGAAGCUGAGCAUAAUGUACAGCCUAAACUACCUGAAAAGAGAGCUUUUUAUGAGUGUGACUUGUGCCCAUAUGAAAACAACCAGGAACAAAAGCUCAUAUUACAUAAACAACGAUGUAUUAAACAGUUCCGGCCCUUGUUUAACCUUCAUCCAGGCUGCCUUUCGGGGGCAGAAAUAAAUUUGUGUUUAGAGAACAUCUUUUAUAAACCUGUGAUUCCAAAAAACUUAAAACUACUACAGCAAAAACAUGCUCAACAACAGGCUGCAUUAGCAGAAGCCAGGAGGCAGCAAGCUCAGGUACAAGCCUUAGCCGCCCAGAAAAAUGCAGCAGCUCUUGCAGCUAAGAAGCAACAGCAGCAGCAACCAAGAAUGCAGGCAGUAAAUGGACCACAGCUCAACUUUCAAAAUGCUGCUAGACCACCCUUAACCAAACUACCUGUGCAACAACCACCUGUUCGUUAUAGUGCUGCUAAUGUCAAAACACCACGACCAACUGUAGCCAACAUAUUAAAUAAUAGACAGGCUCAAGGAGUAAGUCAAGGAAUUGCACCAGGUGGUUUUGAGGUUUGUGAAAUUUGCAGUGGUUAUGUCAAAGACAGAAAAGCACUGCGCAUACAUUUUUUUUAUGCUCAUCGUAUCGAUUUACCAUUUAAUUUGUUUGAGCGCAAUCAGGCGCCAUUAUACUGUGCUACUUGUUACGUCAGAUUCUGGACUGCUCAAGGCUUGCGCAAGCAUAUUGAAACACACAAAGGGGAAAGUCAAGCUCGGGGAGUAGUUGGUAAAUGUAUAUCUUGUUUUGAGCAUGUUACAAAUUUACUGCUUCACAUGCGAGUUGUUCACAACAGAGAACUACAACAUUACAUAAAUGCACUUAUGUGUAUGUUCUGUGGGGGGCACUUUAGCACACGUCAAGAAUGUGAACGUCAUAUUAUAAGGGCACAUGGUAUUAUAGACCCGUUAACAGGUGCAGUUAAAGUGAAUGGCACUACUACUCAAGUGGCACAGUCAAAACCAUCAGCAACUCCAAAAAAGACACCCGGAAGCAACACUUUAGUCAAGGGCAGUGUCUGUGUUCUGUGUAACCUGAAUUUUGGCCGCAACGUGGAUCUCACAAGACAUUGUAUGCGUAUGCAUCAUACCUGCAUGAAGUGUGGCAUGGUGGUUAUUGAUAAAGCAUCACUUCUAAAGCACACAUGUCUUUCUUCGCCUAGUGGAACCAGAGAUUGCUGUAUGUGCUCUGAAACUGGCUUUCAUCCUGCUUACUAUGUCAAACAUCUGCGGGACAAACAUUUAAAGAAGUUUUCUAUUAAAGUUCAUAAAUUGUCGAAAGACGUUAUUGAAAGGUGGACCAAAAGGCCAUAUUCAGCUGAAGAUAGCAAAGAAAUACUUGUUGAGAUUUCAGAUUCUGAGGAUGAUGUCAAGCAAAUAUCAAAACCCAAUGUUUCUCCAAUUAAACGUCCCAGAAUGGGACCUGCUUGCAAAGUUAGGAAACCUCUUGAAAGUCAGCCAAAGGUUGAAUCUGAAGUAGUAAGAAUUGAAGAUGAUAGUAACGAUGAUGAUGUCGUUGUUGAGAAAGUAGAACUGGGCAAAAGAGGCAAGCUAUUAUCUGACAAAGACACUAUUGUAAAGGAUUCUGCUGAAAAGGCAAAGCCCAAAGUAAUAUGUGAUGAGAAUGUUGAUAAAAGUAUUGUUAUAAAUGAUAGUGUGUCUGAAACAACCGAUGACAGUAAUAUUACAAAAAACACUGACUCUAAGGGAACUAAUGAAGCUCAAAAUAAUGGAAAGGAUUCACAAGAAAAGAAUGAUGAUACAUCUUCAGGUCAGGAAAGUAAAUUGCCAGAUGAUGAUAAUUCAAAAUUGAGUCAUAAAAGAAAAUUGUCUGAAGAUCCUGAAGAAAAUAGUGUAACUGAACUGAGUCCUAAAAGAAGAUUAUCAGAAGAUCAAGAGGAUAGGGAUAUAAAAGCGAGUCUCAAAAGAAGAUUAUCUGUAGAUGAUGAUGAUGAUGCUGAUAGAGUGUCACCAAAACAAUUGAAAGAAACAAACUGACUGCCUUACAUUAGUAAUCACAAUGACAUAACUGUACAUAGUUCUUUUGUAACUUCAGACUCAUUCCGAAAUUUGUAAUCAUCAUUUUACUGUGCUCAUGUACCAUAAAUUUCAUUUUCAGCUGCUUAGCUGUUUACAGUUGUCGUUAAAAAUAAUGAUUCAUAAUAGUUAGUUUGAGACUUGACACUUGACUGUUCAAGAUUUUAAUGAUUUUAAGUGCAAAAACUAACAUACUGUAAUAUGAAUAAUUUAAUAAUGAUAAAUUCGGUAAGGUCCAAUAUGAUUUGAAGAGGUAAGGCACCCAUUAUGUCCUUACAUUUUUUUUCCUAGGUUAAUGGCUCAGAAGUGUAAGUCUCAAACCUGUCUUUCACCUAUUUAUUGCUUGCUUGUACUGAAGUGUAUCUUUUAAAUAAAUAAUAAUAAUUAAAAAAGCUGCCAAAUUUUUAAAACUUUUUUUUUUUUUUUUUUUUUUUUUGCUGAUAUUCUAUUUAAGUACCAGUAUAGUAUGGUAUUUUGUUGAUUUGUAGCCUUUUGAUUACUCUUAGCACAGAUAUUACCUUUUGUAAAAGUUUAUUUUAUGAUAUAGCGAAUUAGCAGAACUGUUUUUUUUGGUCAAUACUUUUUUAAAAUACAUACUGUAAAAGUCUUGUAUUAUUUUUUUUAAGAGGUCAUUAUUCUGCACAAGUUUGUGGAUUGAAUCAUUUAUUUUGUGCUAAAGAUUGAAAAGAGUGGUUUAAGACAGUUAAACUGAUGAUAUACAUGUCCUAAGUCGUAAAUAUGUUCUUGAUUUGACAGAUGUUUUUAAGUUCAGAUAUUUUCUUAUUCUAUUGUAAGUAACGUGUUUUUGUGUUCAUUUAGAAACACAUGUGAAUAUCCCGUUAUAAAAAGAUCAGCUGUCCUUUAUUAAACCCAUCUCAAUAAAGAUUUUUUUUUUUUUUGAAAAAUUAUAUAAAAUACACUUUGUAUUAUUUUAACAAGAAUAAUUUUUUAAAGAAUAAAAAGGGUAGUUGACAUAUUUAGUGUAAGUUGUGCAUUAAUCCCCAGGAGGUCUACUGUGAUAGUUGUUGUUUGUUUUCUUUUUGUAAGAGAUAUAAAUUUCAGAACUCCUAGAAUAAAUUAAAUUAAAUAUUUAGAAUAAUGUUCACACAUAGUUAUAACAUUGCAGAAUAGCUUAAAAAAAACUAUCUACUGAAAUAUCUCAAAAAUGAUUUUUAAUACUAUUUCAAAAAGUAAUUUUUUUUUACUUCUUGUAUAAAAUCAAAUAAUUUUACAUUCUGCUCUUUUUUUUUUCUCAUCACAGUUAUGUUACCCUUUUUUUUUUUUUUAACAUCAUUAAUGUACUUCCAACUGUGGCUUAACAAUUCUUUAUAUUUGUCAAAAAGAAAACUAAAGCAUAUAGCUAUCAGAAGUUAAUAUCACUUUUUUGAGUGUCCUGUAUGAAUGUGUCUUGAUGUGUGAUAAAUUUCAAUUUCUAUAUAUUCAAACAUAAAUUUAACUUUUACAAGAGUUCUACCAAAACAUGGAGCUCUAUUGCCGCAAUUGACCUUCUAAUGAAGUAGGUGGUAGUGCAUAAAAUCUGCAUCAUCUCCUAAUUAUUAAAGGCUAGAUGAAGUUGUUUACAUAGACAGUUCUGUAGCAGUAAAACAAAAAAGUAUUACUAGUGUGUCAGCUGAUAGUGGUUUUCAAAUGAAAUGACACUUAAGAAUAUAUAUCUAGAUACACCGGUACCGUACAUUCAAAUAUUUACUUUGUUACAUUUUCAGUCUGGCAUUUUAAUGUAUAAAAUAUAGCUAACAUACAUGUAGAUUUUCACUAAUUUUUUUUUAUUGUAACAGCCAUAAUUAUUUCAUUAGAUGGGAAAUAUUGUCAUCAGCCUUUCAGUCUAGUCGCAGCCAAAAUUAUAGCAGUUUAAAAUGAAUGUUUUGUUAAUCUUUUUUUUAAACUGCAUUUCUGUGAGCCAACAGAAUGAAUAAAAAGAAGUUUUAAUUAUAUUUUUGUCUAAAAGUUUGUAAACUGUUAAUAAAAGUUGAUCAAUAAUUA